AUGUGCUCUGUUACCAUUCGUCAAUCGCAGAAGACAAGAAGACAGGCGUUUACUCUGGCGGCUACUCGCGAGUCACCUGGCCUUGGCUUGCGACAUCGACGCACUGGACAGCGCGUGCUCGAAAGUCCGCGAAGCAUUAACGGUGUUUCGAGGUACAAGUACAAUGAUCAUCCAUCGACUAAUGAUACCACCACGACUCGCACAUCCGUACCCUCGUUGAUCAGAAGCAUUUCAGGCAGGAAUCAACCAAGAAAGCGGCCAUCGCCAAAGCCAACAAUGAAGUCACGAAUCUUGAUCAGUUUCGUCCUCAUAGCCCUCUUCGGCAUCUCUACCGCGUUCGCCGUUCCCAACUGGAUGCGGGUCCCGCGAAGCGUCACCGCGCUCUCCGACUCAGCCGACGGCACUCCGACUACGGUCAGCCACCCAACAACAGUUCCAGUCCAUCCCCACGCUGUCACCUUCACGUCGCCGGCAGAAGGCACUUCCUCCGAUACCAAAAGAUCGCCUAAAGUACCAACGACCAAGGACAAUGGCAUCAACAGUUGGGGAGGAUUCACUCGUAGGAAGGACGAAAGUAGCAAUACCAACACGGACACAAGGGAAAGCAAGAACCCCACGAGCAAUGGCGAUGGGAAACACCAGGCCAUUUACCGCCGGGGCGUGGCUGGCAACCCUGGGGCAAUCAUCGGAAUUGUUCUCGGCUGUCUUGCUGUUGUAGGGGUGAUGAUUUGGUUUGGCGUCUGUUAUCACAACGGAACGGUUGUGAAUUAG